AUGACGGACCCAUAUGCAAAGGAGGCUAUGUAUCAUCCUAGCCCGGGCGUUAGACGAGUCGAGCCGAAUGCCAUCCGCGCCUCUGGGAUUUGGUGGGGACAUCAAGCAAACCGAACACGAGAACGAUGGGGCACGAUACCGGCCAGACACAGCAGCUGGUCGUUGGGACGAAUAGAACCGCACAACCAUACCACAAAUGACAUUUACUUUUGUUUCCUGUACAUCUGCGCCAAAGCUGAAUAUUACGAAACGCUGCAGAACGACGGCUGCUCCGAGGCCGGUGACUUUUACAGUAACCCCCGAUCCUUCUCAGUUGGGAUAAGCAGGUCAGGUCUCGAACGACCAAAUCUGUGCAUCGCAAUGGGUCUGGAUGUGCGCAAAGAGCGUUGA